CUUCGACGCUUUCAAGGCCUUCGCUUGUUAUUUCGUCACAGCGAGAAGCAAAACAUCAUGGCGAAAGAAGCGCAAUGAGGAGCAGCAGGUAGCUGUUCAGAACAUUUACCUUCAGUAUUUGGACAGGUUCUUAAAUAGUGGUUGAUCAGGAAGAACACAUGCUGUAGCAAUAGGAAUAAAUUCCAUUGUCACAAUACUCAGCUAAGGAGAAAACAUUGAGGGGGUGGUUCAACCUCAUAAUUUUGAGUACCUUGGCUAUUUCCUUGACCAAAACUCAGAAACUUACAUUAAUAAUGGCACCAAGAAAUAAGGAGAACAACGGUGGGCACAAAAAAGAUGGAAAGGGUAGAAGGAAAAGUGAAGAGAGGUGCAGUGGUAAUAGCAGUGGAGGAGAAAUUACUGAAGAUGAUUAUAGAAGACGCAGAGACCGCAACAAUCAAGCCGUUAAACGUAGUCGUGUGAAGAGUAAGUUACGUACUCAGCAAACUCUAGAGAGAGUUCAUCAGCUGAAGACAGAAAAUGAAAUGCUUGAAGAAAAAAUAAAAGUCUUAACAAAAGAACUUGGAUUUUUGAAAGAUCUCUUUUUAGCACAUGCUGGUUCAGCACAUGGCGUGAAAAUGGAGAACAUUGACUUAGAAGAGCUUCUGGCUGAUGGACCCCGGGAAGAGAUACCACAUAUUCAGUCUAGACAGGAAGGUGAUCCCUUGCAGCUUGAGUAAAAUUUUAUCAGGGAACACACAAGAAG